AUGAAGCAAUCCUCCCGCCGUGCGCCUGUUAAGCCGACAGAUCAACCCGGCAACGCCAUACACAGACUAUCAGAUGUCGUACCCCAAUUUGAGUCCCUCAUCGCAUCGUCUGCAGCCAAUCAAGCCAAGACAGAAUAUCGUCGAGGUGAAUUUCUUGAGCAGUUAGUCAGUCAGAAAUAUCCGACAGUGGUGGCCGAGGAGAAUAUUCAAUUUAUUCGUGAUUCGUUCACCAGCUUCAACGAACAACUUGAGAAACUACAUAGGGGUGUACCAAUAGUACCUACGGUACUCAGAAGAAGUGCUAGAAAUAGUAAUGUUAACAAUGGCAUGAGUGCUAAAGUAGAUUGGGAGAUGGCUAUGGAUGUGGAUGACGAUAAAGAUAGAGACUACAAUGAAGAUGGUGGGGCUGCUUCUCCUCAACUUACCGCGGAACAGGAGGCAGAAGAUGAGGAACACUGGCACCAAGCAGUAAAUGCUCUCUCAAUAGAUACGACUAUGACCAAUUACUUUGUAGAAAUGGGUUACCAAAUGCCGCCUUCUCCGCCAAAGGAGGAAUCGAGAGUACAAGACCAGGAAGAACUUCGACUCCCUAAGCGCAAGGCUCACUCAAAGAAGUGGGUACCAAGUUUUAACAAGAACAACAAACGUACCUCAAUGCCACCACCUGAUACCGAACAGAUGUUUCAUAAUCUAUCCAUACGCAAUACUGUACCAGAACAAAAUGUUGACACAACCGGUAACCUGGUUGGAGGUUCAUUAGAGCCAUCGCUUUCCAGUCCAUCAAUGCCUCCUCCCAAGCGUGCCAAGACGGCGUCUUCAUCCUCUGCCAGAUCACACUUCGGACCCAAGCAACCUCCUCGCUGUGCCUCGUGUGUGCAAAUGAAAAAGAACUGCGAUCGUCAGACUCCUUGCGGAAGAUGCUCUGGCAUGCGCGAUUACAAAGUGUGCAUUCCAUACUGGAGAGAUUUGCAAAGAAAUUCUGAAGCAGAGAAACGAGAGUUGGGAUUCUGA